AUGGGUUUUGAGCCACUGGUUUGGUUUUGCCGGCCGGAGGAAAAUGGCAUUUGGGCAAAGACAACCGCUAGUGCUCUUGGUGCUUAUACACCGUGUGGCAUUGAAUCGUUUGUGGGUUGUAUAUCGAAUGUGGUUUUGAUGGGGUUGUGCUUAUACAGAUUAUGGUUGAUCAGGAGAGACUUUAGGGUCCAGAGGUUUUGCUUACGCUCAAAGUACUAUAACUAUAUGUUGGCCAUUUUAGCAGGUUAUUGUGCUUCAGAGUCCUUAUACAGGUUACUUUUGGAUGUUUCGAUGUUUGAAUUUGAUGCACAAAGUAGCCUUGCUCCAUUUGAGGCAGUUUCGCUAUUCCUUGAGACCCUUGUUUGGAGCUGUUUGGUGAUUAUGGCUCUUUUGGAAACUAAAGUGUAUAUUAGAGAGUUCCGGUGGUAUGUCCGCUUUGGUGUACUUUAUGUCUUGGUUGGGGAUACUGUGAAACUUAGUCUCAUUCUUUCAGUAAAAGAUUUAUACCCAAGCUCUGUACUUUAUGCGUACAUCAGUUCAUUGCUCUGCCAGGGUUUAUUUGGAGUAUUUCUUCUUUCUUACAUACCAAAUUUGGAUGCCUACAUGGGUCAUAUACCACUUCAAACAGACCCUCAUGAUGACAUCAAGUAUGAAGUGCUUCAUGGAGGAGAACAUAUUUGCCCUGAAAGGCAUGCCAACAUAUUUUCAAGAAUAUAUUUUGGAUGGAUGACUCCCCUUAUGGAGCAGGGCUACCGAAAGCCUAUAACAGAAAAAGAUGUUUGGACAUUAGAUACGUGGGACCAGACAGAGACACUGAGUAGGAAGUUCCAAAAAUAUUGGGCUGAUGAAUCUCACAAGUCAAAACCGUUUCUCUUACGCUGUCUGAAUAACUGUGUUGGAGGAAGGUUCUGGUUUGGUGGCCUUUUCAAAGUUGGCAACGAUCUUUCCCAAUUUGUAGGACCAGUUAUAUUAAACUAUCUUCUACAGUCUUUGCAACGAGGUGAUCCUUCAUGGAUAGGCUACAUCUAUGCCUUCUCAAUUUUUGUUGGUGUGUCAUUAGGAGUUCUCUGUGAAGCUCAAUACUUUCAGAAUGUUGCAAGGACCGGGUUCCGUAUAAGGUCAAUUUUGGUGGCUGCUGUGUUUCGAAAAUCCUUAAGGCUGACCCAUGAAGCACGAAAGGAUUUCCCAUCUGGGAAAAUUACAAAUAUGAUAACCACAGAUGCCAAUGCACUCCAGCAAGUAUGCAAUCAACUUCAUGGGUUAUGGUCAGCUCCAUUCAGAAUUGUUCUUUCCAUGAUUCUUCUUUACCAACAAUUAGGGGUUGCUUCACUUGUGGCUUGUCUGCUUCUGAUUCUCAUGUUCCCUGUACAGACGAUGAUUGUGAGCAAAAUGCGGAAAUUAUCCAAGGAAGGCUUACAGUACACUGACAAAAGAGUUGGGCUAAUGAGUGAAAUAAUGGCGGCAAUAGAGACUGUAAAAUGUUAUGCAUGGGAGCAAAGUUUCCAAACAAAAGUUGAAACUAUCAGGAAAGAUGAGCUUCUAUGGUUAUGGAAAUCACAAUUUCUGGGAGCGUGCAACAAUUUUAUACUCAACAGCCUUCCGGUUCUUGUGGCGGUGAUUUCAUUUGGUGUCUUCACUUUGCUUGGUGGAGAGUUGACACCUUCAAGGGCUUUCACAUCACUUUCCUUAUUUACAGUGCUUCGAACUCCUUUAAACACGCUUCCUAAUUUAAUAACUCAGGCUGUGAAUGCAUACGUAUCGUUACAGCGUUUAGAGGAACUAUAUUUAGGUGAAGAAAGAAUUCUGUUACCCAAUCCACCUCUUGAACCGGGGCUUCCUGCAAUUUCCAUAAAAAAUGGCUACUUUUCAUGGGACCCGAAUGCCACAAAACCAACAUUAGCAGAUAUAAACAUAGAUAUACCAGUUGGCAGUUUAGUUGCAAUCGUAGGUGCUACAGGUGAAGGAAAAACAUCCCUUAUUUCAGCGAUGCUUGGCGAGCUUCCUCCUUUGGAAAAUACUAAUACUAGUACUAAUACUAAUACUAGUGUUGUCAUCAGAGGAACCGCUGCCUAUGUCCCUCAAAUUUCUUGGAUAUUCAAUGCUACAGUACGUGAAAACAUACUAUUUGGAUCAAAGUUUGAAGCUUCACGAUAUUGGAAGACUGUACAAGUAACUGCAUUGCCGCAUGACCUUGAUAUUCUGCCAGGUCGUGAUCUCACGGAGAUAGGUGAAAGAGGAGUGAAUAUUAGUGGUGGACAAAAACAAAGAGUCUCAAUGGCUAGAGCAGUGUACUCAAACUCAGAUGUCUACAUAUUUGAUGACCCAUUGAGUGCUCUAGAUACUCAUGUUGGUCGAGAGGUGUUUGAAAGGUGCAUCAAGGAAGAGUUGCAAGGGAAAACAAGGGUGCUUGUUACAAACCAGCUUCAUUUUCUUCCUCAGGUGGAUACAAUUCUGUUGGUCUCAGAAGGUAUGGUCAAAGAGGAAGGAACUUUUCAAGAGCUUUCAGAAAGUGGGUUGCUAUUUCGGAAAUUAAUGGAGAAGGUGGGUGGAAUGGAUGGAACCACUGAAUGCACAACCGAUACAUCCUCAAAACCAUAUUCUGAUCAUGACUCAAUAAAUGAUCCAACAACCAUUACACUUACAUCAUCAAAAAAGAAUCAUAAAUCUCUUCUUAUCAAGCAAGAAGAUAGGCAAACCGGCAUUGUUAGCUGGAAGGUUUUAGCAAGGUACAAGGAUGCUUUAGGAGGCCUGUGGGUUGUCAUUAUAUUAUUAGCAUGCUAUAUUUCAACCGAAGUCCUUCGAAUUUCAAGUAGCACAUGGUUAAGUUACUGGACAGAGCAAAGCACUACAACAGCUCGGGCCCCCGCUUUUUACAUUCUCAUCUAUGCCCUCUUGUCCAUCGGACAGGUAUUGGUGACAUUUGCAAAUUCUUUCUGGUUAAUUUCAUCAAGUCUCCACGCUGCUAAAAAACUUCAUGAUACAUUGGUGUAUUCGGUCCUUCGAGCUCCCACAGCCUUUUUCCAAACAAAUCCCCUUGGUCGGGUGAUCAAUCGCUUUGCAAAUGAUAUCGGUGAUAUAGAUCGUAAUGUUGCUAAUCUUGCCAAUACAUUUCUGAAUCAAGUUUGGCAAUUACUUUCCACUUUUGUGCUUAUCGGCAUUGUCAGCACUAUAUCUUUGUGGGCCAUAAUGCCUCUUCUUCUUCUGUUUUACACUGCCUACCUCUACUAUCAGAGCACCUCAAGGGAAGUGAAGCGGUUGGACUCCAUUACAAGAUCUCCUGUGUACGCACAAUUUGGCGAAGCAUUAAACGGUUUAUCAAGUAUCCGUGCUUACAAAGCAUAUGAUCGUAUGGCAAGAAUUAAUGGGAAAUCAAUGGACAACAACAUUAGAUUCACCCUCAUAAACUUUAGUUCCAACCGUUGGCUCACCAUAAGACUAGAAACAUUAGGCGGCAUAAUGAUUUGGUUCACGGCCACAUUUGCAGUGAUGCAAUCGGGAAGAACACAUGACCAAGUAGCUUUCGCAUCCACAAUCGGUUUGCUCCUAAGUUAUUCCUUAAAUAUCACAAAUCUUAUGAGUAAUGUUCUAAGACAAGCAAGUAGGGCGGAAAAUAGUUUCAAUGCGGUUGAGCGUGUGGGCACGUAUAUCGACUUGCCGUCUGAGGCUCCGGAAAUAAUUGAAAACAACCGCCCGCCGCCCGGAUGGCCGUCAUCGGGUUUAGUUGAGUUUGAAAAUGUGGGAUUUCGGUAUAGACAUGGUCUUCCUCCCGUCUUGCAUGGCGUCUCCUUCGCUGUAUCACCGUCCGAGAAGGUUGGGAUUGUUGGAAGGACGGGUGCCGGAAAAUCUACAAUCAUCAAUGCAUUGUUUCGGAUGGUUGAAUUAGAAAAAGGAAGAAUCCUUAUUGAUAAUUAUGACAUUUCCAGUUUUGGAUUGAAGGAUUUGCGUAAAGUUCUUGGGAUUAUACCACAAUCACCUGUUCUUUUUUCAGGUACUGUGCGUUUUAAUCUUGAUCCGUUUAAUGAACAUAGUGAUGCGGAUCUUUGGGAGGCUCUUGAACGAUCCUAUUUGAAGAAUGCGAUUUCUAGAAAUGCAUUGGGUUUGGAUGCCGAGGUGUCGGAGGGAGGGGAGAACUUUAGUGUUGGACAAAGACAACUACUGAGUCUUGGUCGGGCGUUGCUAAGGAAAUCAAAGAUUCUUGUUCUGGACGAAGCAACUGCAGCAGUUGAUGUCAGAACUGAUCAUCUUAUACAGAAAACAAUACGCAAAGAAUUCAAAUCAUGCACAAUGCUCAUUAUCGCUCAUCGCCUCAAUACCAUCAUUGACUGCGCUCGGAUUCUCGUGCUCCAGAAUGGUCAAAUUGUGGAAUAUGAUACUCCAGAAAGAUUAAUAUCACAUGAAGGGGCGUUCUUGAAGAUGGUUCAAAGUACAGGGGCUGCAAAUGCUCAGUAUCUACAGGACAUUGUACUAGGCAGAGAAGGAAAUAAACAAGUUCACAACUGAUUGCUGACAAUGACCCAUACCCAUACCACAAAUUGAAAUUGGUCUGGAAGGAUAUCAGAUUGAAACUCAUGGUGGAAACAAUAUUUUGGUGCAGCAGAAGAAGAAAACACGGCUCUAGUUAUGUUGGUAAAAGUCAACUAACAAGGACCUUCAAUUCAUUCUACCAUUAAGACACAUUUAUUUGUAGGGUAUAUAUGUUGAAAGGGUGUUUUGAUAUACACCUUAAUCUAGUAUACUAUGAAUUAUGUUGGGUUUUGUUUUUCCUAUCUUUUUAAACCUCAAAUCAUUACAUAAA